AUGUCAACCACCAAGCCUUCAUUUGUCGAGGAGGAAUCCCACACAACCCCAACCCCAACCCCAACAAAGAAGAGCUUCGGUACACGCCUCGCCGCCCAUGUCAAGAAAUGGUGGUGGGUGCACUUGAUCAUAUCCAUCGCCUGUUUCCUAAUCAUCUUACUGCCGGUUGUCUACGUCGCGUAUCCCAAGAUCGCCCAAGAUGCCGUCAAUGACUCAACCCUCGCUAUCACGGACAUGAUCCUCAGCAACCCUACGCCCAAAUCCUUCCAUCUCCAGCAGAGACAAGUCCUCGGCUCGCAUAGUCUCUACCAUCCUCACCUAUACGCUUUCGAUUCUGAGGUCUCGCUGGCCGGAGCGGCGGAUCCUUUCGCUCAUGUGACUGUCCCGGCUGUGAAGUCGAAGGAUGGGGCCGUGAUUCACAUUGAGCAAAAGGUUGACUUGACUGAUGCUUCGGCGUUCGGGGAUUUUUCGACGGCUGUUAUGUUGAAUGAGGAGGUUUCGUGGAAGAUCUAUGGAAGACCUGGUUUGAAGCAGGGUGGGUUGCCAAAGACUACGGUUACUUAUAAUAAGACCGUUGUGAUGAAGGGCUUGAACAAACUGAAGGGCUUCACGGUGGCCAAGUUCUUCAUCAUGUUCCCGCCGGUGAACGGCUUCGGGAUGAACGGCACUGUCACUAUCCCCAAUGCCUCGGUUUUGACCAUUCCACUGGGCAACGUAACCCUAAACCUCGAGUUAAACGGCAGAUCAGUGGGAACAACCUACCUGAGCAAUCUAACCCUCAAGCCAGGAAACAACACUGUACCAAUGAUUGGCCAGGUCGAUCAAGCUGCCAUCAUCACCCUGCUCACAUCACCAUCUAACCCAUACAAAGACGGCAUCAUGCCCUUCGAUAUCACCGGAAACGCGACCUCAACAUGUGACGGCAAGGAGCUGCCGUACUUCUCCAAGGCACUGGCUGCGAACAAACUGUCGAUCAAGUUAGAUGUUCUGUCUGCGCUGAAGGAGGCCGGGCUUCAUCUCACGCUGUAG